UCGCAGCCGCAGCGAGCGCGGCCACGGGGAUGGCGAGCACCGGCCCGGGGCUGCCGUGAGUGGGGCGGUGGUGGCCGUGCUGUCCCUGUGCUGCCAGCUGGGUGACCCUCCGCUCUCCGCUGGCCGCGUCCUCCUCGCGUUGUUUAUUUUUUUUCCGUCGCUGUCCUUCCCGUGUCCUUCGCGGCAGCGCUGGGUCGGGGUGCUGGGGCUGAUUCUGGGGGUGACACCUCUGCUCAGCGAGGAGAUGGCGCUGGAGGAUAGGGACCCGGUGAGGCCGAGGGGACAGCAGGUCAACGGUGAGGUCAGCGGUGUCCCCCCGCUCCGGAGCGCGACAGCACCUGGUGGCAGCAGGACAGACAUGGUGGCGGAGGGCUGGGAGCCCGCGCCGUGUGACGGGGAUGUGACCGCCCGGGCAGCCCCACGGCGAACAGGGCAGCCCGAGGAAGCCUUGAUGAGCGAGCUUUCGGAGCUGGUGCAGAAGGUGGUGAAAAGCAGCAGCUGGUGGGAACGGCACGGCGUGGACAUCAGCAUCCUUGCCUGCAGCUUCCUCCUGCUCCCGGCAGGGUUCCUGUGCCUGCGGUCGGCCCAGGCCAUCCCUUUCCUGGCGGGUGUCCUCAUCCUUGGUGUGGUGCAUCAUACCUUGACUGUCAAGGGCAGCCACCUGGCCAGCCACAAUGCCUUGACUGAGUCCAAGUCCUGGGGCAAAGUGUGGGCUAUCUUCUUCAUUGAGCUCUGCUCAGCGUUCACAGUCGAGCAGGGCACCUACAACCAUGUGAAGAUCCACCAUGGCUACACCAACAUCAUCGGCCUGGGGGACUCCAGCACGUGGAAGGUUCCUUUCCUGAACCGCUACGUUUACAUGUUCAUCGCACCCCUUGCAGUGCCCAUCCUGACCCCGCUGGUUGCACUUGGUUUAUUGAGGAACGUGGAGUGGAAAGCAGCUCUCCGGACCCUGUGCUGCAUGUGUCUGGGGUUUUACUGCCAUUACUGGCUCCUGCUCCACAUCUCGGGCUUCCAGUCGCCGUGGUCUGCCCUGCUCUGCAUGCUGCUCACCCGCUCCCUCCUGGCCCAUCCCUACAUCCAUGUCAACAUAUUCCAGCACAUUGGGCUCCCCAUGUUCGCGGCCGACCGCAAACCCAAGCGGAUCCACCUGAUGAGCCUGGGCGUCCUCAACCUGCCCCGCAACGCCCUCCUCGACUGGUCCUUCGGCCACUCGCUCAUCAGCUGCCACGUGGAGCACCACCUCUUCCCCAGCCUCUCUGACAACAUGUGCCUGAAGAUCAAACCCAUCGUCUCCCAGUACCUGAAGCAGAAGAAGCUGCCCUACAAUGAGGACACCUACAGCUCCAGGCUCUGGCUCUUCCUCCAGAGAUACGAGGAGCUGAUGGUCCAUGCUCCGCCCAUCACGGAGCUGGUGGGCAUCCAGUGAGGACCUUGGGGGGCUGUUUCCCACAGGGACAUUCAGAGGGAUGGUUUUAGCAGCACCAACACCUCCAUGAAGUCAUGGCGUAGGAAACAUCCCUCCCUGAAGUCUUGCUUUUGGCUGGAAAAUGGUGCACAGAGCCACUGCAGGGGGAGAACCAGGUGGUGCAACACCAGCGGCAGAAAAAUCAGGGUCCCCCUGCAGUUAUUCCCAGGCUUAGUUUUUUCCACUCUGCUUUCACAUUUGGGGAGAGGAAACCCCCCCAUCUGUGGGGGAUGCAGCACCACGUCCAGGACAUCCCGAACUGAGAAGCACCAGGAUCUGUAGGGUGGAGCUGCAGCUGUGUGGCUGGGGUGUCAGGGAAGGGGUGGAUGGUGGGGAUGGGGUUGUGUCACUGCUGUUUGUGCUUUGCCUGACUUUGGGCUUAAUCAGACCCUUCUAGGAACAAAGAUUUGGCAAAUUCAGCCUUAACACUUUGGGGUGGAUUUCCUUUAUCGCUGGGUUUUGUUGCUGGAGGAAGUUUUGCACCCUUUGGUGCCCAGGGUAGGAGUGGGGGAAAGACGCUGUGUUGGGGUGCCAGAGGUGACCCCAGACCUGGUCAUAUGCUAAUUUAUCAAGGGAAUCAUCUGCCAGAGGCAGGCAUGUGACUUUCCCUGCUUAGGGAGGGUGAACUCUGCCCCCUGUGCUGCUGUGCUGGGGUGCUCAUGUGGCCAGUUCAAGCCCCUCUGGGAAGCUGUGUCUGGCCUUGCAGGGUGCUCUGCUGUUCCCACUUGCAGGAUUGAUGACAAAGUUCACUCCAGUGUCACGGUGGGGAGCUGGCAGCAGAAAGGGCAGGUGGCCAAACUGAGACCAGGGUGGUUUUGCUCUGAGCCUGGGGUUUUGCUCCCUGAUUUGAGCUGUCCUCCCAUCUGGGCUGGACCUCUGCAGUGCCACAUUGUGGAUUUUUAAGAUUUCACAGGUAAAUGUGUCCCAAGGCACAGGGAUGCUCUACCCUGGUCCUGGCCCGUUGCAGCAGGCAAUCCAUGGUGAUUUGCUCUGCUUCUCCUCCACCAAGUCCAGGAGCAUCCUCAGAUGUCCUCAGUGUCCCUGUGAUUGAGGCUGGAGCUGGGAUGGCCGUGGCAUCCCUGUGCAGAUGAUCCAGACUCAGAUGAGUGGCCCUGGAUCCAUCCAGUGUGACCCCUUUGGCAUCAGAAAUGUUGAAUUAUUGAUUUAUCCUGGGCUGGGGCCCAGGGGCUGCUGAUGCACUGCUCUGGUGGCAUUCCCACCUCUAUCCAGGCCCAUGUGGGUCAUCGACCCAGGACAUUGUGAAACACCCAAAGGGCAAAUUCCCAUCCUUUGGGCAGAGGUUAGGCUGGGUCUGUAGGUAGGGGAGCAGCUGGAGAGGCAUGGCCAGAGCAAAUGGCCUGAAUGCUCUGGGGGGUUAAAGACCCAUCCCCAGAACUGUGCCCUAUCCCCCCCCCCAAUUAAUCUCUCAAUUGAGCAUCAGAAAUAAAUUAAAUGUGACAAAUUAUUGGCAUUGUCAGCUCCAGUAAGGGGGUGAGGAAGCAUUAGAAGUGCUUUUGGUUCAGGCAGGCUAAUCUUAACCUCACAUGUUCCUGUUUGUGGGCACAAAAUGCUCUUUUGCCCUUUCCCGUUGUAAAGACAUCAGCCCCAAAAUUAUCCCGAGCAUUGGUCAGAGCAACAGGCCUUUUCUCAGCUGGAUUUUAUGGAUGUUGUUUAAAGCAAUGCCAUCUGAAGGCAAGUGUUUGCAGGUCCUUCAGCCAGGGGGAGAUGGCCUGUGAUUUGGGAAAUAGAUGGAUUAUUCCCUGCCAGAACUGGUGGAUACAUAAGUUAAUGGGGGAAAGGGAGAAUUUUGGGAAAAAAAGGAGGAUUCUGACUCCUGUGCUUGGAACUCUCCGAAUUUAAAGCAACUGGUUUUGUGGGUGACCUCUAUGCUGAUAUUUGGAGGCUUCUGCCUUGCCUCUCUGGGCAGGGGCUUGAUAAUUGCUGUGCUGACCUGGGGAUGAGGAUUUGGAGCCAUUUGAAUUCCUGGUCCUCACCAGGAGGAGGUGAAGGAGCUGCUGCAGAAGGAGGCACAGAGCCAGCUGCCAUUCUCAGCGUGCUUUGCAGAAAGCCAUCAACUCAUUUCCAAGACCAGGAGAAAA